UUCAGCAUUAAGAGAAGCAUCCGAGGUGCAAAUAUGUGGGCUGAAGAUGACAUGGUUGCAGGUGAACUGACAGUUCUCCAGAGUCAGAAAGAACCAACUGCAAAUAAUGUCUACAAAAUGUACCAUGGCACAUCUAAGGCGGCUGCAGAAAAAAUACUUCAAGAAGGCUUUCGUCAAUCUGCUGAUGGCAUGUUCGGACGUGGUGUCUACCUCAGUCGAGAUCUAGAGAAGGCCUCCAAAUACCCUCUAGAUAAGGAUCUAGGUGAGGACCAGAAGGUGGUUUUGAGAGUUAAGGUCAAUGUUGGAAAAGUAAUAGCGAUCACCUAUCAAGGUCAUCCAUAUCAGAAAACCUGGCAUGAUCAUGGGUAUGACACUGCCUGGUGCCCUCCUAAAAGUCGCAUGGUGAAAAGUGGUCAGGAGGAAGACUGUGUUUGGGAUCCAAGUAGAAUCACAAUCAUUGAUGUAAUUCCAUCACGCCUUGGCAAAGAACCUCAGGAAGGUAGAGUCUACAGAAUGUACCACGGUACAUCUAGGGAGGCUGCAGAAAAAAUAAAAAGAGAGGGGUUUCAUCAGUCUGCUGACGGCAUGCUUGGGCGUGGUGUUUACCUGAGCCGAGAUCUAGAGAAGGCCUCCAGGUACCCUCGACAUCUUGCCGAGCACCAGAAAGUUGUUCUGAGAGUCAUGGUUAAGGUCGGGAAAGUAAUACGGAUCGAUUAUCAAGGUCAUCCACAUCAGAAGACCUGGCAUAAUCAUGGGUAUGACACCGCCUGGUGCCCUCCUUGUGACAUGGUGCCCAGUGGUCUUGAGGAAGACUGUGUUUGGGAUCCAACCCGUAUCACAGUCAUUGGUGUAAUCCGUUCAAUUCAAGGGGCACAUAACAACAUGUGUGCUGAAGAUGAUUCAGGUCCAGCAGCUGCUCCAUGCCUCCAAAGUCUCAUAGAACCAUCUGAAGGUCAAGUCUACACAAUGUACCAUAGCACAUCUAGGAGGCCACAGAAAAAAUACAAAAAAAGAGAGGGCUUUUGUCAGUCUGCUGAUGGCAUGCUCGGGCGCGGCAUCUACCUCAGUCGAGAUUUAGGGAAAGCUUCCAGAUAUCCUCUGGAUCUAGCCGAAGAUCAGAGAGUGGAUCUAAGAGUCAAAGUCAAUGUUGGUAAAGUGAAGAAGAUCGACUCAGAAUCACCCGAUGUGAACAACCUGGCAUGAUCACGGGACACCGCCUGGUGCCCUCCAAAUUGUGGCAUUGUGCCAAGUUGUCUUGAGGAAUACUGUGUUUGGGAUCCAAAACGUAUCACAGUCAUUGAUGUAAUUCCAUCAAACAAACACCAUGAGUCACAAAUUCCAUACAGGAAACUGUUCGAAGUUCAUAAAAGCAUACAGCAUGAAAGUAAAAGUCAGAGGAACCCCUUUCGUUGUAGUCACGCCCUGAAUAAUAUAAAACGUGUUUUUAGAAGUUCCGUGAUCAGAGUUACAAGAAAAGUCAGAAGCCUAGGUGCAAACAUGUGGGCUGAAGAUGACUUGGGUGCAGGUGCUCCACCAUGCCUCAAUAGCUACAUAGAACCACAGGAAGGUAAAAUCUACAGGAUGUACCAUGGCACAACCAGGGAGGCUGCUGAAAAAAUAAAAGCAUCUGGCUUUAAACAGUCUACUAAAGGGAUGCUCGGCCGUGGCGUCUACCUCAGUCGAGAUCUUCAAAAGGCCUCCAGAUACCCUCUCCAUUUACCUGAGGAUCAGAGAGUGGUUCUGAGAGUCAAAGUCAAUGUUGGGAAAGUGAAGAAGAUCGAUUCUCAGACUCACCCAAUGCGAACAACCUGGCAUGAUCAUGGGUAUGACACCGCCUGGUGCCCUCCAAACUGCGGCAUGGUGUCAAGUGGUCUUGAGGAAGACUGUGUUUGGGAUCCAAGAAGAAUCUCAAUCAUUGGUGAAAUCCGCCCAAAACGAGGGCUUUCUGGUGCUCACUGUGAACCUUAUUAAAAUACCAUUGAAGGGUUAGUCUAAAAAUUGUUUUUAAAAGUUUUUAAAAUGUUGUUUGUACAUUUUUUUACAAACUGUUAAAUACAAACUUCAUAUUUUUUAAAUGAUCAUAUUGUACCACAUGUUCUGACCCUGCAUACAAGCAAAAUAAACAUACUUUUAAAACGAUUGUGUUCUAUCAAUCUAUAAAUUAAAAAAUAAAAGUAAUUUAAGAAAAUUUUAUUAGAAAAGCUACCUACACUCUCAAAAAGAAUGUUAAUUGUUUACACAUUGUGUUGUGCUAUUUAACACAAUAUUUGUACGUUUGUGUUGAUUAUGUGUUAAAUAAAUAAAAAGGACAACACAAGUUGAGUUAAAAGUAAGACAAAAUCUGUUGUCCCAGAC